AUGGGGCUGGUGAACAGCAGCACAGCGUGUGCAGGGAGGGUAGAGGUCCAGGUGUUGGGGACCUGGGGGACCCUCUGUGCCUCCCACUGGGAUCUCUCGGAUGCCCACGUUCUCUGUCGUCAACUCAACUGCGGGUUUGCUGAGUCCGUUCCUGGAGGAGAGCAUUUUGGGAGAGGGACUGGCCCUGUCUGGAGAGACUCAUUCCACUGUGACGGUACAGAAGCCCAUCUGGGACAAUGCCCAGUGAUCACCCUGGGGGCCUCACCAUGCUCCCACGGGAACAACGCUGCUGUCGUUUGCGCAGGCUCAGCCGGCUUUGCAUCCCUGCGGCUGGUGGGUGGAGGGAGCCGGUGCGAUGGACGAGUGGAGAUCUUCCAGAACGGGACAUGGGGCAGAGUCCUGGAUGACCAGUGGGACAUGCAGGAGGCCAGCGUGGUGUGCCGGCAGCUGCGGUGCGGAGAGGCAGGGACAGCCUACAACCCCCCAAAGCCUGAGCGAGGGACCGGCCCUGUGGGGCUGCGAGGGGUCCGGUGCGCAGGGCACGAGGCCAGCCUGGCCCUCUGCAACACCUCCCUGCCCGAGAGUGCACCGGCGGCAGGGGUUGUGGAGGACGUGGGAGUCAUCUGCUGGGGGAGCCGGAGGGUCCGGCUGGUGAACGGGUCCAGGUGCUGUGCUGGGAGAGUGGAGAUCUACUACCAGGGCAUCUGGGGGACUGUCUGUGACGAUGGCUGGGACCUGUCUGAUGCCGCCGUCGUUUGCCACCAGCUGGGCUGUGGAGGGGCAGUGGAGGCAGCCGGCUCCGCUCAGUUCGGGGAAGGCUCCGGGCAGAUCUGGCUGGAUGGCGUGAACUGCUCUGGGGCCGAAGCUGCUCUCUGGGACUGCCCUGCCAGGCCCUGGGGGCAGCACGACUGCGGGCACAAAGAGGAUGCGGGAGUCAUCUGCUCAGAGUUCGUGGCCCUGAGGCUGGAGAACAGUGAUGGCUGCUCCGGGCGCCUGCAGGUUUUCUACAACGGGACGUGGGGCAGCAUUUGCUCCAACUUGAUGACUCUCGACACGGUGUCGCUGGCAUGCAAGGAGCUGGGCUGUGGGGACGGAGGAUCCCUGGAAACACAGCUGCCUUAUAGAAGGGUGUCUGGCCCUACGUGGCUGGAUAACAUGCAGUGUGGGGAGAAAACCAGCUCCUUCUGGCAGUGUCCCUCUGCUCCCUGGAACCCACAGUCAUGUGAAGACCCACGAGAGGAGAUCCACAUCACCUGCAAUGAAAAGCCAUCACAGCCACACACGUCCAGCAGCAGUUGCCACCCAGGUUGCCAGCAGCGCCUGGGGGAGGCAGAGGCAUCUGCAGGGCUCUGCCUGCUGUCUCAGUGCCAUGGGAGGUCUUUGCCUUCUCCAGACAGGGAGAAGAUUCGUGCUGUGGGAGGUGAGGACAGGUGCUCAGGCAGAGUGGAGGUCUGGCACCGUGGCUCUUGGGGGACGGUGUGCGACGACUCCUGGGACAUGCGGGAUGCUGAGGUGGCGUGCAGGCAGCUGGGCUGCGGCCCCGCGGUGUCUGCCCUGCAUGAGGCUGCAUUUGGGAUGGGGACGGGCCCCAUCUGGCUGGAGCAGGUGGAGUGCCGGGGGACAGAGCUGUCUCUGCAGGACUGCUGGGCCCGGCCUGGGGAUGGUGGUGCUUGCCGGCAUAAGGAAGAUGCUGCGGUGAACUGCUCAGGUGAGACAGCAGCAUCCCCACCCCAAGCAGAUUCCCCCCGGGGCCGUCUAACUGGCAGCAGGAGAGUCUCAGUGCCUGUCAUCAUCUGCAUCAUCCUGGGGGCCCUUCUCUGCCUGCUCCUGGCCCUCCUGGCUGGGCAAGCACUAAGCACCAGGGCUGGGCGCAGAGGCUCCAGGAGUGCUCAGGAGAUGUUCCCUGAGGCUGUGUACGAGGAGAUUGGUUACAGCCCAGUGUGGGAGAAGCAGGCGAGGUUUGGUCACUCAGACCCCAUUGGAGAGCAGCAUUCCCAGGGUGAGACCCCCAUGAUGAUUCGUGACAUACAGGGGCACUGCAAACACAGCCUCCAGCCCCUGGAAAACUCCCAUGGGGGCAAGCUCCAGUCCUGCAUCUCAGAGAAGGAAGCUCCCGAGGACCUGCCUGAGGGGGGUCACAGUGAGACCCCCAAGUCUCAGCACUGCAGGCCCCAUGCUGGGCAGAGCUUGGCUGUUUAA